CAGUGAUCGGUUGAAAGAGAACUUUGUCCGACACUACACAUCAUCCACAGUCUUGUAAGCUUAACUGCUGCCUAAGUAUGUUGAGACAAGAUACAAAUUGAGGUGGGGAGAUUUACUAGCUACCUAGUGCUUCACACCUUGAUUAGUAUUUGGUCAUGAAGUGUUGGUCGUCGUAAUAAAGUUUAAAGGUUGGAAGGAUCCAUGGAAGAAAAGGGAAACUUUUCUGAUGGACUACCUGAGGUGAAUAGCUCAGAUCAUGGGAUGAAAGAUGGAGGGGGUUCAGAUGAGCCUAAAACGAGUGGAAGCAGCUCAAGCAACAGCAUGGCUGAGGAGAGUACUGGGAAAAAGUUGAGCUCAAGUGCUACUGGGGUUAGACAGUAUGUACGAUCUAAGAUGCCACGGUUAAGGUGGACUCCGGAUCUUCAUCGUUGCUUUGUUCAAGCUGUUGAGAAAUUAGGUGGCCAGGAAAGAGCAACACCUAAGCUUGUUUUGCAGCUUAUGAAUGUCAAGGGCCUUAGUAUUGCUCAUGUCAAGAGCCACUUACAGAUGUAUAGGAGUAGAAUAUUGAUGACCACGGUCAAGUAAUCAAUGAAAGAGGGUAUCCCUUUCGUAGCAUGGAUCAUUUUCUUCGAAACGGUUGGCAAUUUGCUACACUUGAUCGCGGGAUUCGGUCCAGCUUCAGCAACAGCUACAGCUACAGUGAUGACAAUUGGACCAGCAAUAUGACUUGGAGAGCUAUGCCUGGUACAGUUGAUGAUACAAAUAUCAAAAGAGGAACUGUCUUCCACAAUACAUCGUUGGGAAGGAUCUAUGGGGGUAUUGGUGCAAACGCGAUCAAUGGUUCUCUAUUUGGUACACAAGAAAGGAGGAAAUCUUACAAUUAUAUGGAAGAUUUUACAUGGUUACCCGACACCAAAAUCAAUCACAAAGGUAUCUGGCCAUCCCGUGGAGAAACCAAUUCCGAGUUGACACAAGUUUAUAAAGAAAAAAGAGUUGAGAGCAUCGUCAAUGCUGCAAGCCCAGAAACAAAGUGCAGUGGUACAAAGACUGAAAAGGCAAACACAGCAAAGAGAAAAGCUCCGGAUAAUGGCGUUGACCUCAAUCUGUCUUUGAGCAUGAACCUGAGACAAGGGGAAAGCAAAAGAACACAUAAUUGGGAUGAGGAAGAAAAGGACAGCACUUUGUCUCUUUCUUUGUUUUCUGCUUCGAACGCAGAAAAAUGUUCCAUCGAUUUGAACAUGAGCUCCACAUUUAACAGUGAGAUCUUGUUGGUACUUGCACAAGAGGAUUCCCCGAUGAUAGCAUGUUUUGUAAGGACAAGGAUUAUAAGGUAAAUCAAAUUUAUGCUUUUGUCUGGUAUUUUGUUUUGAUCUUCCUUGUCUUUGAUCACUUUGAAACUGUCCAUUCUCAUCCUUGUCAAUUCCCCUUCUCUCUUUCCACUAGAAAAGUCCUUUUCUUUAGUCUUGAACGAAGUAAAAAUCCGUUUUAGUGUUCUAAAACAAAUGAGGUCAUGUGGGCUCGGUCAAUAGUCUUCCAAUAUUCGGAGCUUGGGGGAUGCAAAGAUUCUUCCUCUUUUACUCAAUUUAUGUUCUAGGCUAAAUAUAAGAACAUGUUUCAAUCAACAGCAUGAUUUAUGCGGACAUUUCAUUCUGGAAUUUUGAUUUGACUAUCUUGAAAAACUCAAUAUAAGGGCUGCAGUGCAAUCUUUUUUAUUCAGACUUCAAAGGAAUUCAUAUACCUUAAGGGUUUGUGGUCAUGAUUUUCUUGUUUAACAUGUUGAUUUUAGUUUCUCUAGUAACUUUUGCAGAGGAAACGACAUUUCAGUUCUGUAGAAUCUAAAACCUUAGCACAUUAAUCUAAAUGUCAAACUUGUCAUUGUCCUCUUGCUUAGUUGGUCAUUUCCAGGCAUCAGAGCGUGUAUUACGGAGUACAUUGUUGCAAUUUAAUUAGCCUGUUAUAUUUGUCCCGCCUGUAUAAUGUUAUCUUACCCAAUGGACUCGUUGAUGAACUUCCCGACAUUUUCUUUUGCCUUGGAAAGUUUUCUUUUCGGAUCUCUUAA